AUGAGCUACGCAAAUUACAACACCGUACCAUACUACCCGCCAAGUUAUGGGUACUUUGCCCCAAGUCCUACGGCCCGCAGUCAAUGCAGUCCCAUUCCACCGACCCACCCAACCUUUGGAAGGAAACAUUCGGGCUUUGGCAUCUCUCCUACUUACUCAACCUUUCCAGCAUCCCCUACCGGCUCAACCUUUGGAAUGACCCCUACCAGCCCGACCUUUCCAACUUCCCCUGCUCGAUCUAGCUUCGGAGUUUCCCCGACCACUUCAAGUUUUAACAACCUUCCAAUGGAUGUGGCGUUCGGGAUUGCAGAUAAUCUCGAUGCUAAAUCGGUUGCAAAGUUGUCCCAGGUUUGGAGGCCGAUGGCUUCAGCACUACAAAGUGGUCAGGCCACGUUGGAACAUCUGAAAGCUCAAUGCUACAGAGCGGGGUUGAGCUUGGGUUCCAGGUCUACGAGAUUUUUACAGCAACCUCUGAACACCAUUCCCGACUACAUCCAAGCUUUUGUUGCUCGAAGGUCGACGUUGAGGUGGGCGCGGGCGAUAUACGCAGCACUCGACGUUGUUUCUCCUGCGAUACCUUGGCAUGACCAGAAGGCCCGUGUUAAUGCCGGAUUUAUGGGUGGAUAUAAGACUGCCACCAAGAUAAAGAUCUUCCAACCUGGUUCUGAUCGCACUGGGCGUGAAUACCGGGUUCAUUCCUUCAGCUUUCCCGAGGUGGUUUUUGACAUCGUGAUUGACCUUGAAGAAGAUAUUUUUGCCGUGGCUACAAACCCAUAUCACGACGACUUUGAAGAUUACAAUGAAAAAGAUUUUUAUGCUACCCACAUAUCUGUUCAGAGCCUUUCUAGCACGUCAAAAUUGAAGGUUGAAGGAAUUUUUUCUAUCAAGGGCCAAUACGUCGUCGCGUUACUCCGUUCCGAAAGUUUGCACAUCGUUGACUGGAAGGAGGGGUCCGGAAAAAAUAUCCAUCUUGGCUCGGAUGCCCGAGAGCUGAGCUAUAUGUUCACCGAUCAACAUACCCUUCUCGUCUCGGAAUACGGUGUCCUUAGUCCGCAUCACCCCCACGUUCAAGGAGCCCGUCUGGCCAUCAGGAAUCUCAAAGAUCGCACUAGUUUUCUGAUCCCUUUUGAAUUCUUGACGAGGUUCUAUGAAUCUGGGAGACUUCCGUGCGGUGUACUUUUUAUUCCGACUGUUUCUCCGCACACAUCGGAACAAAUCAGAUUUUCUGCGGGAUUUUUCGACGACCCCGACCAACGGACGAUUGGCUUCCGAAUUCUGUUUGAGAAAAAGCCCUACGCAGAUGCUCGUGAAAUUAUAGUCGUGGGGAACUUGUCCACAUUAUUCGAACAAAGGCAAGGCUUCUGGCGCGAGUUGAACAUUUCCGGCAAAGAUUACAAGUUCUGUGGGCAACGACUGUUCUGGACGACCACGGGCGGAAACGUUCACAACAUGCAGAUGCUGGAUUUCAACUCUGAAACGAGCAAGACCUUUCUCGGCAACCAUCGUAGCACCAGAGUCGCCAGCGAAAAGGAUCCUAGCUGGAAAACUCAAUUGUCGCGUAUGGACCGACUUUGCACUACUCACGACAUGGGGAGCGCCAUGCAUGUAUCGUGCCCGCCUUUACAAGAUGUGGUCGGGAGUUCUAUGUCAGAGGAUUGCCUUUUUGUGGUUAGGCUCGAACCCGGUAUCUCAAUGAGUCUUUUCAGCGGGGCCGUGCCCUCGGUCGACCCGAGCCGCGCACUCUUUGUCUUUAUUACUUCUGAGGAAAGUACUGUGCCUCGUUGA